UGUUCUUAAUCAGAAGAAAUAAAAAGCCAAUGUUAUCAAUUACAGCUCUCAUGUUGACCACUGCUUGAAGAUAAUUAGCCUCCACCACACAAAACAAUGAGAUGAAAAUUCAAACAAAACAGAACAUUUAUCUCAAAAUUAUCAGAAAUGGCAGUUCGUCUUCCAUUGUCGUCAUUACUAUUAUUCACUUCACCUCAGAACAAGUUAUCAUCACCAACAGCCAUAUUUCCUCAUUCUGCUGCAUCUCAGCAGCAGAAACGGCAACAACAAACGACUGACUGUGGCUUUCGCCUCUCAUAUCGAUAUAAUCGUGAAUAUGAAGACGGAGAAGCAGAUGGUUUCAGCUUUGAUGAAGCAGUUGCUCUGUUUAACAGGAGGGAGUACUACAAGUGCCAUGACUUUCUUGAAGCUCUUUGGACAGAAGCACAAGACCCUACCAGAACACUUCUUCAUGCUAUUCUCCAAUGCGCCGUAGCCUUUCAUCAUCUCUUCAACCAGAACCAUAAAGGAGCAAUGAUGGAGUUGGGAGAAGGAGUGUGUAAGCUUAGAAAAUUGGAUUUUAAGAGUGGACCAUUUCAUCAGUUUGAACAGGAAAUUUCUGCUCUUCUCCAAUUCAUAUAUCAAACUCAGAUUGAACUCGCUGCUUGCAGUGAUGAUUUAUGUGAAGCCAUAAUGGACCAAUCUGAGAGAUCGUAUCAACUUCUUGGGGGGUAUGCUGCUGGAGAGGUUCUGUACACUUUAGAAACUGAUGCAAAAGAUGAGAGUGUCUGGAUUGUUUUCUGCCCUCGCACAUCUUCUGUUGACUCCCCUAGAGUCAAACUUCCCACCCUCAAUGCUACUCAACAACAUCUUACGGCCCUUAACACGUACUAAUACGCAUUCUGAGUUAAGAUCAGAAAACCCCAAUCCGUCGUGAACCUGAUUGACGGAACUUGAACCGCCCUUAAUUUUCAGUAUGUGUAAGAUUUAUUAUAAUACUAUAUUACAUACCUGUAAAAUUUGUUAUAUUUGUAAAAGGUAUCAAUGCUCAAGGAAAGAGGGAGAGGGAAGGAGUUAUGACUAGAAAGAUGUUUUCAUGCAAUAAACAGCAAAAUCCACACUGAUGAAUCAAUUAAUUCCUUCA